AUGGAUUAUUCGUACCUGAACCAAGCGGCUGCUGCCGCCGCUGCUGGCUUCGAGGCGUCCAGCUGCGCUCUGGCUGCCAGCGAGAUGCAAUGCGGAUAUGGGGACCUGAGCUCUUGCUCGCAGAUGAGCCAGGCUGCUUAUCGGUACACUGCGGCCAGGGCUGCUGGUUAUCCGGGGAACACGGGCGCUGCUGGCAGUGGAAGCGCGGCACCGCUCGGGGCCCAUCACACCGGCCACUCUCAUGCCCACACGCACCAUGGGGCCCAUUCUACACCGUGCUCCGUGAUGGCCGCCAGGUCCCAGGAGGUCCAUCGACACGCGAUCUUCCCGUCGGCCAUUAAUCUGCAAAGUGGAUUAGGGUACAAAGCAUAUUCCGGGCACGACGGUCUAGCGGAAAAGAGGAAACAGCGUCGGAUACGAACCACCUUCACCUCGGCUCAGCUUAAGGAGCUAGAGCGCGCCUUCCAGGAGACUCAUUAUCCGGAUAUCUACACCAGAGAAGAGAUCGCUAUGAAGAUCGACUUAACGGAAGCCAGAGUCCAAGUGUGGUUCCAGAACCGACGGGCCAAAUUCCGGAAGCAGGAACGACUUGCCCAACAGAAAUCUACGUCCCAGGGCGGAAUGGGCGUGGACAGUGGUGCAUCCAGUCCAGUGGCCAGCAACGUGAAGGCGGAGGGUCGCUCGCCGAGAAGUCCAGCAACGCCGCCAGGUGGUUCGAACAGUGUCCUGUCCUCGAACGAGGUGAAACCGAUCACGAAUCCCAACCUGGUCAGCGUGAAACACGUGACGGACCACACGACAGACGGAAGCUCGACGAACACACGGGGAAGCAACAGCACCGGGGGCGCAUGGGGCUCCUGUAGCCCAAGGCCCUUUUCGGCCGCAUUACCGCCCUACCUACUGGACCCGCUGCCCCUGAAAACCGCGAAUCUUUACUAAUCGUCCCGACGAAACUACUCCAU